AUGAGUCCCGAGACAGAAAUUCCGCCAAGCUUCUUUGCAAACACACUGCAACUUUCUUUAGACCCCAUUUUUGAAAAAACCAAGGAAUUUAAUCAAGAUGAUUUUCCUCACAAGGUCAACCUCAUUCAAAGUCCACCAUACGAAGGACAAGACAGCUGCUCAGUCUUAGCUUCUGUCCGCGAAGCGGCUAGUCGUCUCAAUAAACAAGACGUUUUCCAAGGAUGCUCACCUAUCUUGGGACAUGAAGGUCUGAGAGAUGCAGUUGCGAAGAGCAUACUGGGCGCACAAAUUUUCUCGAUCAAAUCAUCACAGCUCGCAACAUGUCAAGCUCAUUCAGACAUUGGAGCCUUCAAUUUGGCUUGCAAACUUAUUGCCCGAUGCCACUCGCCCCGAGGUAAAGUAUAUUUACCAGAGGCCACAUCUUCGAAUUAUCUACAAGCAGCUUCGGAGGCUGGACUCGAGUGUAAGGUAUUUGACCAUUUUGAUACAAGUUCCAAACAAAUGGAUUUCAAUUCAUACAAGAAGAUGUUGAUCGCAGCUGAGGCAGGCAGCGCUAUCUUCUUGUAUGCCUGUGGCAAUGAUGUGACUGGCACAGAUCUUUUGGAGGAAGAAUGGGUUGAGGUUGGAAGGAUUAUCAAGGAGAGGAACUUGUUUCCUAUUUUUAAUGCGGCAUAUCUGGGACUUUCCUCGGGAUCCGUUGAUAAAGAUGCGUUUGUGAUCCGCCAUUUUGUUGGUGAGCUGCAAAUUGAGACGGCAAUAUGCGCAUCUUAUGACCAUUCUAUGGGGCUGCACGGAGAAGGAGUUGGCUGCUUGCUAGUGUACACAUCAUCAAGAAUUGCGGCAUCUGGCUGCUCGGCCUACCUCGAGCAAGUCCAGCGGUCGCAGAUAUCGAGCCCGCCUCGGUAUGGUGCUGGUAUUGCGCACCUUCUAUUGACAGAUUCCGAGCUUACCGAGAAAUGGGUGGAAGACCUUGAACAAGCUGUUGAUAGAAGACGUUAUCUCAGACGAUAUCUAUAUGACUCGUUGCUGGAUCAAGCAAUACCGGGUCAAUGGAACUUCAUCAUCCACCAGAAGGGACUAUUUGGAUAUCUUGGGCUAUCUAGGGCGGCUGUCAAAGAGUUGAGAGAAACGUAUCAUAUCUACAUGGCUGACAAUUCUCGAAUUUCUGUGGCGGCACUUAACGAAGAGAAUGCCAUGUAUUUGGCAAUCGCUAUGGCGGAUUGUAUACGAAAUGAACUUCUGAACGAUUUCUAG